GGAGGCGGGGUCCCGGCACUGUGCUCGCGCCCCUAGCGCGCCAGUCCCGGGGCUGCAGGGAGCGCAGCGCGCUCGGCCCGGGCCCCGGCCACCGGACGCCCUACCGGACACGACCCUCCCUGGAGCUUGGACAACUGCCCACCUCGGACACUGCACCGGACACUGCCCCCCACAGGGCUGGACACUACAACGGACACUACUUCCCAGCUCCGGACAUUGCUCCCUCCUCCCCCACCCCCGCUUCCCCCCUCCCCCUCCGGGGGCCCAGACUCUGAGCCCCCCGCAGGCUCUAGCUAGCGACCCCUUGCACCCCAGAGCCAGACACCGCCUCCUCCCAGUCCCCCUCUCCCUUUCCCUCCUCCCUCCUCAUCUUUCCCCCCGCCCGGGUCGGAACCCCGCCAGUUUCUCCGACCCCCUGCAGCUCGGCCCCGGCUGCCCGCACCCCCAUCCCCCGGCUGCUCGCCCGGAUGCCUCUCCCCGGGGGAUUGUGGUGGCUCCUCUGCUGCCGUCGAGGCUUUACUCUUCUGCACCGGGACUACGGGGACGGCGAGCUUAGCGGGGACGGGGACGAAGACGAGGACGAGGAGACCUUUGAGCUACGGACCCCGAGUCCAGCGGGCGGCGGGAGGGGCCCCCUGGAUGUGACGCUGACUCAGCCUGUGAGGAGCGGGCCAGUCUCAGACAGGCUGCAAAGCUGGGAGGAGACACGGAGCCUCAUCCCGGAGAAGGGGCCGUCAGAAGACGACCCAGACGUCGUCGUGAAAGGUUGGCUGUACCGCGAGCCCCGCGGAGGAGGGGCGCGGCCCUGGUUGCCUCCGCGCCGAGCCUGGUUCGUGCUCACCCGGGACUCCUUGGACCAGUUCAGCAGCAGCGGGAAGGGGGCGCGGCGCCUCGGGAGCCUCGUGCUCACCAGCCUGUGCUCGGUGACCGGCCCUGAGCGCAGGCCCAAGGAGACCGGUCUGUGGUCAGUGACCGUGUCUGGCCGGAAGCAUAGCGUCCGGCUCUGCUCGCCCCGCCAGGCUGAGGCAGAGCGCUGGGGGGUGGCGCUGCGCGAAGUGAUAGCCUCCAAGGCGCCGCUGGAGACCCCCACCCAGCUGCUGCUCAGGGACAUUCAGGAGAGUUGUGGGGACCCGGAAGCUGUGGCCCUUAUUUACAGACGGAACCCAAUUCUGAGGCACACUAGUGGGGCCCUGUAUGCCCCACUUCUGCCCCUGCCCUACGGAGUCAGUGCCCCAGGUCCGGGCUACGCUCCCUUGCGCGAGGAGGCGGUGCGGCUGUUCCUGGCGCUGCAGGCCCUGGAGGGGGCGCGGCGCCCCGGGCCCCUGAUGCAGGGUGUGCUCCAGACCUGCCGGGACCUGCCCGCGCUCCGAGACGAGCUCUUCCUGCAGCUGGCUAAGCAGACCUCGGGCCCCGCAGGCCCCCCCGGGCCUCCAGCUACCCAAGACCCUGCGGCCCUGCGGUACUGGCAGCUCCUCACUUGCAUGAGCUGUACCUUCCGGCCUGGCGGACCUGUACGGGGGCACCUCCUGGGGCAUCUGGAGAGGACUGAGCAGGCGCUCCCGGACUCGGAACUGGCGGAAUACGCGCGCUUCAUACGAAAAGCGCUGGGCCGGACGCGCGGCCGGGAGCUGGUGCCCUCGCUGGCAGAGAUUUCUGCGCUGAGCCGACGGCAGGAGUUGUUGUGCACCGUGCACUGUCCGGGGGCUGGUGCCUGCCCUGUGGCCAUAGACUCCCACACCACGGCGGGAGACGUUGCUCGAGAGCUGGUGGGGCGGCUGGGCUUGACCCGGAGCCGCAAUGCAUUCGCGCUGUACGAGCAGCGAGGGGCCCAGGAGCGAGCCCUGGCCGGGGGGACUCUCGUGGCCGACGUGCUCACCAGGUUUGAGAACUUGGCGGCGGAGGAAGCCGGGCUGGAGGACCCGCCGGACUCCAGCUGGAGACUGUGUCUGCGUCUUCACGGACCACUGCACCCUGAGGGGCUGUCCCCAGACGGUCACGAACUGCCCUUCCUCUUUGAGCAGGCUCACGCUCUGCUGCUGCGCGGCCGGCCAGCCCUGCCCGACGACACGCUGCGCGCCCAGGCGGCGCUGCGCCUGCGGAGUCUGCACCGAGACUUCUCCCCGCGGGCGCCCCUGCCGCGCCUGGACCGCUUGCUGCCCACCCCGGCCCCGCCGCGUGAAGACCCUCCCCGCCCGGUGCCCAGGCCUCCCCGCUCCGCCGCCCUGCUGGCCGGGGCAAUCUGGAGCCCGGGCCUGGCCAAGAGGCGGGCGGAGCGGGCCCGGCGCGGCGGGGCCGGCCGCCCGGCGGGAAGCGUGGCCCGCGAGGGAGGAGGUGGCGCCGGCACGGCGGCUGCUGUGCUGGGAGGCUGGAAGCGGCUACGGGGCAUGGGCCGAGCUGAGGCCAUGGCUGCCUACCUGGCUCUGGCGGCGCAGUGUCCAGGGUUCGGCGCUGCUCGGUAUGACGUUCUGGAGCUGAGCACGGAGCCUGGUGGGGGCGCUCCACAGAAGCUAUGCCUGGGCCUGGGAGCCAAGGCCAUGUCCCUCUCCCGACCGGGUGAGACACAGCCCGUUCACAGUGUCAGCUAUGGCCGUGUGGCCGCCUGCCAACUAAUGGGCCCCCAUACCCUGGCAUUGAGGGUGGGAGAGAGCCAGCUCCUCCUGCAGAGUCCCCAGGUGGAAGAGAUCAUGCAGCUGGUGAAUGCCUACUUGGCCAACCCCUCCCCUGAGAGGCCCAGCAGUAGUCCUCCUCCAUGCCAAGACCUGCCAGACACCUCCCCUCCCAGCCAGCACCCGGGCCUGGACGAGCCCCAGGGACAGUCUGGCUGUUUGGGGCAGCUGCAGGACUGAGCUUGCCAAGAGGUCACGACCUCCCUCUUGCCUCCAUCCUGGACUUGGACUGCUCUGCGAUUUCAGGGAACCAUGGACCCUUUUGGCCCUGCAGGGACAGGGCACACCCCACACCCAAGGGCUGCAAUGGGUGCAGACAAUUUUCUAGUUUGUUUCUUAAUUUAUUUGUAGAAGAGAAGACACACACAAAAAAAUUCCUUAUUUACACAAA